ACGCCGCUUGUUCUCUUCUUUUCUACUCUCACCAACACCAAAACAUGCUCUUUCAUUCUUCUACCUCCCACUACCACUAUUCUCAGUACAACCACUCACUUUCCGUUUCGUCGGUGUCGUCCGUACGUUGGAUUCGAAACCCCCUCUAAGCUAGUCGUAGCCGAGCUUUUAUUUAUUUAUUUAUUUUUUUACUUCUUUACAUCUACAACACAUAUUUGAGACACAGAUCACACAUGUAUAUAUAUGUGUAUGCAAGAUUUUGGUUCGAGAGUACAGAAAGAAUCUUAGUUUAAGUGAAAGCCGUAUCUAUUAGAUUUGUUUUGUCUUGUUUGUGGAAGAGAUUGGGAGAAGUAAGGAAGCAGCAGAAGACGGCGAAGACCAAGGAUAUUAUCAAAAGCCAAACAUAGAGCAGACUCUCUCUCGACGUCGUCGCAAGAGGCGGCACGCUUGUAGCGUGUAUGGCACCAACAACACUGUCAUAAUGGCCACAGGCAGCAGCAUCAGCAGCAGCAGCGGUAGCAGCGGCGGCGGCGGCGACGACGUCGGUAGUGGUGGAGGCGGCGGCGGUCAUGGCCACCAUCACCACCACUACCACCACCACCAUCAUCAGCAGCAGCAGCAUCACCAACAUUAUCAGCAGCCAGACGGCCAAGUGGCGGGAACGACCAUGAUGAUGAUGGAAGAGGCGGAAGUGGCAGCAGCGGCUGCGUCUCCUUUGCAGCACGGCAUAACGGACUCUACUUCUUCAUUAUCCUCCACCACCGCAGCCGCCCUGGUCAGAGAAGGUGGUAGCAGCAGCAGCAAUGCCGUCGCCGCCACCACCAUCACCCCCGCCACGUCGCUUACCAAUAACACCAGCAGCAGCAGUAUUAUCACCACCGUAACCACUACCACAACUACAGUACCUACUCUUCCUGUUACUCACGGUUUAUUACCACCUUCGCCGUCACCAACGGCAGUAGCAGCAGCAGCAGCAGCACUACUACCGCCGCCUCAUACGUCUCCUCCUACCGAAUCUCUUCCGUCGCUCGCGCCGACGCCGUCGUCUCCAGCAACAGCAGCAGCAGCAGCGACAUCGAGAACACUACUACCACCACUACCGUUAUCAUCAACAUCAUCAUCAACAUCAACGUUGUCGUCCUCCUCCUACUCUUCCUCCAGAGUAACCAUAGCGGCGCCUUCCGGAACUGCGACCUCAAGCAGGAUCGAACUCACAACGGCUUCUUCACUCAGCCUGGCCAAACGCAAGAAGGAAAUGGACAGUUCCCGGGACGGAUCCGGUCUGCUUUACAAACGUCUGAAGUAUGACUGGAACCAAACAGAUGACCAUGUGACCAUCACUGUGAAAUUAGGAGAUGAAGCUGAGUUCAGUGAUCCAGAAUUCUCGCAGACUGGAGUCAAGAUGAAGCUUCGAGAUGGUACAGUGUGGGGUCUGACAUUCAACAGUGAGAUAGACUCCAACAAUUGCAAGAUGGAACUGGCCGACUCUUCUACUUCAAUGGUUCUGACAGUGAGAAAGAAGGUUCACAGCCAUUGGACCUCCCUGGAGGCUGACAUUGGUGAUGACCACAACCAGACAGCUGACUCAAUGGACAAUGUCAUGACCGAUAAUGUUCUAGAACAGUUGGUCAGUAACGAGAAUGACAACAGCUGGAAUGACUCAGGGACGGAAAUGCAUCCCUUAGAGUCGUCCUGUUAUCAGUUGCAGCACACAAAACAUGACUGGAUAGAAAAGAAUGAGACCUUUAUAAUCCAUAUCUAUGUACGCAAGACCAACGUAGAUGGUGUGAAGGUUUUCUUCAAGCAGAGACUUGUUGCUGUCCGCUUCCAGACCAGUGAUCCGAAAUUCCUUGACCUCCACCAAGGAACCACAGAAUCAACAGUGUUCUGUUGGAAAAUUAAUGUGAAACACGAGAUCCUACCUUUGGCGUGCAAGUACCGUGUUACUGGUUCUCUCAUUGAAGUGACACUCAGCAAGAAAGAGCCCCUGAAAUGGGGGGCCCUUGAAGUUCCCCUGCAAAAAAGAAAUAUUAUUGGGAACCGGUCAUCUGAGUGGCUGCCAGCCGCCAAAGACAGGCCAGUGCCUCACACCCAGCAGACUGGCAACAGCACUGCAGCCACAGUAGUCACCACGGCAACUGGCACAACAUUCAGCACUUCUAGAAGCACUAUGAACACUGCAAAUUACUCCAGCAGCAGCUCUGCCACCAUCACGGGAUAUCCACCGCCUCCACCACCACCCCCUGCCCCACCUCUGCCCGCCCUGCCCACUGCUGCGGCUGCAGCAAUGUCUCCCACUUCACAUUAUGGCACCUCCUCCACUGCUGUCGACUCUUCACGGCGAGGCGGAAGCGGUGAUGGAAUGCCACUGGAUGAGCUGCAAGAACUGGCUGCUACUCCUGGUACUAUUGGAGACCGGCGUGGCAUACCAACUUGUGACAACUUCUCACCGUCUAACCCCUGUAACAAGCCAACUCUACCAAUGGUGAACCAGAAACCAACAUGUAAAGUGUCUCCAAUGAACAAGCUGAGAGAUAUUGAUCAAUUGGUCACUCCAGGUUUUACAGGCCUAGACAACCUGGGUAACUCAUGUUUCAUGAACAGUGUGCUCCAGUGUCUGGCCAACACCAGUGAAUUUCGGGAUUACUUUCUCGAUGGCAGUUUCCAGAAGGAGAUAAACACCGAAAACCUGUUGGGCUCAGGCGGCCAGUUGGCUUCAGCAUUUGCUGUCUUGUUGAGAUGUCUGUGGAGUGGUAAAUACACAUCAUACCAACCCUCAAAGUUAAAGAACCUUGUUGCGAUGAAGGCCAGCGUGUUCACAGGGUUUGCACAACAUGACGCACAAGAGUUCAUGGCCUUUCUAUUGGAUAUGUUACAUGAGGAUCUCAACAGAGUCAAGAACAAACCUUACAUUCAGACUGUUGACUCAGAUGGCCGACCAGAUGAGAUUGUUGCAAAUGAAGCUUGGGAUGUUUACAAGAAAAGAGAUGAUUCAUUCAUCGUUGACCUGUUCCAAGGUCAGUACAAGUCCAAACUGGUGUGUCCAGUUUGCGAAAAGGUGUCCAUUACUUUUGAUCCUUUCUGUUACCUGUCCAUACCACUGCCAAAAAAGCAGAGACUAAUUACUGUGGUGUUUUUCUGGAAGGAACCAUACAGAAAACCUGUACAGUAUAAGCUGCGAAUGACGAAAGAUGCCACAGUUGAACUACUCAAAGACAAGCUGUCAAAGAAAACUAGUGUCAAAGCUCGAAAUAUUCGUGUGUUUGAAUCCAAAAGAAGCAAGAUACACAAAAUCUAUGGACGUGGCACUUUACUGAGCAGUGACUACAGCACGGAGAGGCUUAUAGCAUCAGAAGUUCUGUCACAAGAGAUGGCAGGUGAACCAGUUUAUGAAAUAUACAUCAUCCAGAGGAUACGUAUGCCAAUGUUCUCAUCAACCAUGUGCUCGUCUUGCAAGAAGAAGUCUCCAGAAGGUCGUCCUCUUAAAAGAUGCACCCGUUGCUACAAGGUUGGAUACUGCAAUCAGGAGUGCCAGAGGGCCCACUGGGAGAUCCACAAGGAAUCCUGCAAGUGUAAUCCCAUUGGAUGUCCAUUUCUCAUCUCGCUACCAAAAUCUCGGGCAACAUUCUCCAGACUGCGGAAAUUGUUGGAAGCAUAUUCCAGAUAUUCUGUGAAUGUUUUCCAGCCACCAGUCAAGGCCGAAGUGUCAUCGUCGUCUUCAGCAGCAGCUGCGUCUAUGGCGGCUGCAGCGUCCACUGCAGCUGCAACGACAACCAUUCUCACUACUUCCAACACGACCACUGCCACCAAGCUGCCAUCAUCCAUCACCACUGGCUGCUCCAUGUCGGGGCUCAGUUCAAGCAGCCAGUCUUCUGGGAGCCUCAGCAGCCUGGACAGCCAAGCUUCCUACAGCAGUGCCUGUACGCUGACUGCUGACCCAGAGACCAACAUGGCCGAUGUCCACGAUGACGACGACGAUGAUAAUGAUGGUAAUGAUGGCAAUAAUGGAGGUGAUGACGGUCAUGGAGGUGAUGCCAUGACUUCCACAACCACCACCACUGGCUCUGGCCUCUAUCGGAACGAAGGGGAAGAGGAAGCUGAUGAGGAUGACAUCUGUUCUGGUGGUGGCGAUGGUAGGAGAAAGCGGAGCAACACCACUGGUUCUGUAAUGUCUUCAGAACGAUUGCGGGCUGGGCUACCAGCACGUUUCUCCCCAAUACCCACCCCACCAUCAAAUUCUUCUGUGACCCCACCCCACACCUCUCUCAGCAAGUGUGCCCCGCUGCCGACUGUACCGUCAUCUUUGUUGACGACGGCAAAUUCGACCCCUCCCUUGCCACCCCCACCUCCCCCUCUACCUCCUGCUGCUAUCAGCCCAACUAUGCCAGCACUGACGCCCUCUGGCGACCCUUCCCCACUGCCAUUAAUGCCAUUCAGCCGGACGGAGGCAGACACGAUGCUAGAUGUAGAACAGUGGCAGAGGACAUCGCUUCUCUCCUCUUCUUCCUCCUCCCCUUCCUUGCCUUCCACCUCCCCUCCUGCGGCCUGCCUCUCCUCCUCCUCCACCACCAACAACACUGCUACCGCUAUCAGCCCUGCUCACCAAUCCCCAGCUACAACCCCGACAGGUGCCACCUCGGCCGGUGGUGGGGAUGCGUCACUGUUGCUCUCUGACCGCAUGCACCUCAGCCGCACCCAGUUGCCCACUUCAGCCGUGCUUGGACUGCAGAAUGAGGAGACCCCACUCGACCAGGGACCAGCCCUCUUCUUUGUCAAGCCCGUCUGUCAAGAUGGUAGUGAGAUCAAUGGUUACAAUGGCAUGAAACUGGAAGACAGAGGCGACGAAGCACUUGAUUUGAAGAACAAGAAGUUUUUGGCAAUGGAUUGGCAGAACAACGACCGACAGCCACGUUUUGUAUUGGUCCAGUCCAAGGAAUUGGAAUGUGAUGAUGAUGAAACUGUUCAGCUGGAGUCAUUGGAUGAUACUGGUGAUAUUUCACUCGAUCAUUGUCUGAAUCUCUUCACUGAACCUGAAGUCCUCAGCCAAGAAGAGGCUUGGUACUGUCCCCAGUGCGCAGAACACCGAGAGGCCACUAAACAGAUGUCUAUAUGGCGUCUACCCCGAAUGUUGAUCAUACAGUUGAAGCGGUUUUCAUAUGGUCAUCUCAGCUGGAGGGACAAAGUGGAUAAAAUGGUACACUUCCCCACCCGGGGCCUUGACAUGUCCUGUUAUUUCAUAGGGAACCGUCCAGACAGCCAAACGUCCACUAUCUAUGAUCUCUAUGGAGUCAUUAACCACACUGGUGGACUUCUGGGAGGUCACUACACAUCCUAUGUCCGGUGUGCUGACAAGUUCACACCCUUCAAGAAUGAAGUUGAUUGGCGCUUUUGUGAUGAUAGUCACGUAGUACCUGUGGUGGAGAAAAAUGUUGUCACCCGACUGGCCUACCUCCUCUUCUAUAGACGCCACGAUGCACCUCCAAUGUCUGAGUCGGAACUGGCCGGUAUCAUGUCAGAUGCGGUCAGCAGCGCUGCCAGUGGCGUCAUUGGGGGGUGCCCCCUGAACAAGACCAAUGCCACACCAUCGACUGCACUGACAACGGCGACCAACACCAAGACAGUGCCUGAAGGCCCGUGCUCGGCCAUGAAGACAGAGGAGAUGCCUGAGUUACAACUCAGCACUGAUGUAUCUGAAAGGAAACUAGCUGUUGGCAAUGCUACCUUGAACUGGAGUCACUCGGCUACCAGCGACGUCAUUGUUGAUGACGACAGUUUUCCCCCUCCCUUGGACAAUCGGUACAACUGCACCAGCCUCCCUUACACUGACAUGGAUGCUGUUGACUAAGCAGGGAAUGUUGGACAUGGUGCCCCAGAGAGGGAGAAAAGCUGUUGGUCUGCUUUCAGUUGUAAAAUUUUCACAGAUUAGGCAGUGUUUUAAAACUUUUGUAUAUAUAAAUAUAUACACUCAUCACACACAAUUUAUAUAAACACACACACGUAGCACCUGUCUGAUACAUUGGUAUGUGUGUGUGUGUGUGAGUGUACGUGUAUACAUAGAUACACACGCAAAGAUAUAUACACAUACAUAUAUAUACUCAAGCUAACAAAUGCAUACACCACCCUUCAAAUAUAUAUGCAAUAUUAUGUAUACACCACACAUACAUACACAUGUAUCUAUACACACACACACACACACACACACACACACACACAUACAUUAGUUUACAUUUUACACAUGGUUUUUGUACCCUUGACACAUUACAACACGUAAAAAUAUACACCCACCAACCAAUAUACAUACAUGUACAUAACUCCUCCCUGCCAUCAUUUCUCUGGAUUUUCUUUUAAAAAACAUUAAAAAAAGAAGACAAAGAAAAAAAAUAACUUUUCUACACUUUUUUGUGUUUUUCAUAUUCAUGUUGUUUUUGUUAUUGUUGAUGUUUAUGUCUGUGUAUAUGU